UCAGGAGAUGAGAUCUUGAGUGAAGAAGGGUUAAGUAUAUAUACGGAGCAGAUCUACAAAAUUACUAUGCCUGUAGAGUGACAUCGAUCUAUCCAUCAAGCCAUUUAUCACCUACAUCGAACCAAGCCCAUCAUGUCUUCUAUCCCCUCAACUCAACAAGCCAUAGUCCUCCCUGCAAAACGCACUCCGUUCGCCUUUCAGACGGUCCCUGUAUAUCCUCCCGCCCCUGGCGAAGUCCUGGUUCGUGUUGCCUGGACCUCUUCAACUCCUCUCGACCUUCAUCGUGCUGAUGGCGGUCUACUCAUCUCCGAAUACCCACAGCAAAUGGGCAGCGGAGGUGCCGCUGGAAAAGUCGUGGCUGUUGGCGAUGGCGGUGAUCUUAAGGGGCUGAGUGUCGGAGACCGUGUCGUGUCCUUUGCUUUCCAUGGUGGAAAAGAGGCAAAUCACCAGGAAUACAUCACAAUUCCUGCAUAUCUUGCUUCCAAAAUCCCAGACAACAUUUCUUACCAAGAAGCUGUGACAGUCUCGGUGAAUCUCGUGACUGUCUUUCACACUGCCGCCGCGGAUCUCAAGCUGGAACUUCCAUGGCCUGUGCCAGAAGGUUACACGCCCAAGCAAGCCGAUGACCCUAUCCUCAUCUGGGGUGCCUCGAGCAGCGUCGGUAUGUAUGCCAUUCAAGUCUUCAGUCACUGGGGCUUCAAGAAUAUCAUCGCUGUAGCCAGUGAAAAACAACAUGAGUAUCUUCGCAGCAUUGGCGCAACUGAGACUUUCGACUAUCGAAAGAAAGAUGUUGUCGAUAAGAUUCUCAACUUGAUCAGUAAUAGACCAGAGCCCAAGCUGCCUUAUAUCAUCGACUGCAUUGGCUCCCUUGAGGGCACUCUAAAGCCUCUGACCAAGAUUGCUCAGCGCGGCAGCACCGUGGCUGUUAUGCUCCCUGUUAUUCUUAUAGAUGCCACACUCGAAGACGAGCCCGAGUAUGAGAUGGACGUCUCCAAGGUGUUGGUCGGGCAAUGGGCCGAUGGUGUUGAAGUUCGUGGUGUGCGUACACAUUUCUACCUCUCUAAUGAGUUUCUCAAGGAAAAGGCUCAGCCAGAGAUGGUACCAAAGCUACUCAAAGACGGUGUCAUUACCCCCAAUAAGUAUCGUGUUGUGGAGGGUUCAUCAGCUGUUGAGAGGGCCCAAAAGGCAUUGGAUAUUCUGAGAAAUAAGGGAGUCAGUGGCGAGAGACUGGUGUGGAGGAUCACCGAGGAUGAGGUGUGAACA